UUCCCUCACUCUACUAGACUCUAGCCACCCCGGAAGAGCUAGCGAUCGUUGGCUACACACACCCGAACUGUCUGAACUAUCAGCCACAGUAUUAGAAUGUUCGCUUGACAGACAGUCAUUAUGGGAGAGAGCUUUCUAAUGGAGGUGUGUGUGGACUCCGUGGAGUCUGCCGUCAAUGCGGAGCGAGGAGGUGCUGGUCGGCUUGAGCUGUGUUGUAGUCUUGUGGAAGGAGGGCUCACUCCCAGUCUUGGCCUGCUGCAGAUUGUUAAAAGAUGUGUCAAAAUCCCGGUCUAUGUGAUGAUUCGUCCCCGUGGCGGUGACUUCCUUUACUCUGACCAUGAAGUGGAGGUGAUGAUGAAAGACAUGGAGGUGAUGAAAAACCAUGGGGCUGAUGGAUUUGUGCUGGGAGCCUUGACGGAAGAUGGACAGGUCGAUGCAGAGCUCUGUAUGGAGUUUCUGGCUGCUGCUCGUCCUUUACCUGUCACCUUCCACCGAGCUUUUGACAUGGUCCGUGAUGCAGCGGUUGCCCUGGAAACGCUGGUGUCGAUCGGUUUCCAGCGUGUGCUGACCAGUGGCUGUGACAGCUCUGCACUGGAGGGUCUCCCACUCAUUAAGCGCCUCAUAGAGCAAGCUAAAGGUAGAAUUACCAUCAUGCCAGGUGGUGGCAUCACAGAGAGAAAUCUGCAAAGAAUUUUAGAAGGGUCCGGCGCUCAAGAGUUCCACUGCUCUGCUCGCUCCAGCAGAGAUUCUGCAAUGAAAUUCAGGAACAGCUGCGUGACAAUGGGAGCUUCUCUCACGGCUCCAGAGUACAGCCUGAAGGUGGCAGAUGUGAGCAAAGUACGCACUUUUAAUGCUAUCGCCAAAAAUACUCUAUGAAUUGAAAGUGAAAAGUUAUGGCUGAUAACUAAAUCAAUACGUCCAAAGUUAUUUAUUCAAAUUAUUAAGUCCAAUAUAAUCUUUCCCAAAUGUUAAGAAAUAUUUGUUUAUCGUCAGACACAUCGAAAAAAUAAUAAUUUACACACUCAUGACAUACAAUUAUUUAUACCCUUGCCAAAUAUGCAAUUAUAGUGGCUCUGUUUGUGGGUUUUUUUGUGAAUUUUGUGUGGCAGAGAACUGUAAGACUGGUUUAAGGGAAAAAGUGGUGCUUUCAAUUUUGUCAAAACUUGGCAUGUUAAAAACUCCAAAUUUAUUCUUUCUCCAGACAGGCAUAGCACGCACCAUUGAUUAGAUGUACUGUAAGUGAAUAAUAAAAAAUAAAUUCUGCAUGUAUUUGUUUACAUGUCUAUGUAUGCACCCAUAUCAUGCUCCGCCCCCUGAGUUUUUGCUACUUAUGUCAUUUUCAUCUAAAAGUUGGAUUUGCUAAAUGAAAAUUCUUUCUCACAAUUUGGGAGUUUUGGGGCUGUAGUGUAUGUUUUAUUUGUGUGUUUAUGUAUGAGAAACCCCAGCUAUUUACAGAAGCUUGCUCUUGUUGGAAGAUGAGCUGAAACUGAUCUUUUUAUUGUGUUUUUCCUGACAAAAGUCACAGGACUGUGUAUUUUUUUUCUGAUGUCAAUUAAAGUUGCUGUGUUUUA